AUGUAUUCAACAAUCUCCGGAGACUUGUGUUUUCUUGGUGUAACUGGAAGUGGCUUUGGAAAUAAAAUUGGAACGAUUCUCGUCGAAGGAUACUAUGAGAACCAAAGAUUCGCAACUCUCACUUGGCCCAUUCUCCGUGGAUUUGCUCCUAACCCAAUUUUGGAGUUUCAGUCCCCAUAUACCAAAUACCUCGACAUUGAGUCUAUGUCAACGAAGUACGAAAGAAUCAUGUGGAACGGAACGUUGGACAACACUGCUUGA